AUGGCAGACGAGACUCAGACAGCCUCAACAUCGUCGGCUCCUGCGGUCGCUGAUGCCCCGAGUGUAUCCAAAGCAAAGCCUGCAAAGAAGGCCCCACACCCUCGAUCUCCUGCAGCUCAGUCCCCCUCCGUUCAACUCUCCAAAGCUCUCUCGUAUUUCCUCCGGCAUGGAGCUCUCAAAGAGUCUCUCCCCAUCACACCAGACGGCUACAUCUCUGUUCCUCUUCUCUUGGCAAAACCGAGGAUAAGACAGAUAGAUAUGGCCCCUGAGAAUGGAGACUUUACAAAGGACGGAAAGAAGAAGCUCAAGAGAGUGACGGUGGAGGACAUCAAGGAGGCCGUCAAGGGGAAGGAAGGAGAGAAGAAGAGAUUUGAGAUGAAGGAGGAGGGAGAUGAGGUUUUCGUUAGAGCAGUGCAAGGUCACAGUCUCGAGAGCGUGACCGAGCUUGAUCAUGUCGUCUUGAGUCUGAAUAAUCUUCAGGUGCUCGAGCUUCGCGAAGGCGAUCAAGGGAAGCAGCCCGAGGCACAUGACAAGAAUCACAGCGAAGCCACUACAGAGGAAGAAGUGGGCCAAAGUCUCGAUGGGCUACCUCCAGGUGUUGAGAUACUGCAUGGGACAACGCCCGAUGCCUGGGAGAAGAUCAAAGCCAGUGGAGGACUGAGCAAGAUGAAGCGCAAUCACAUCCAUCUCGCGAGGGGCCGCCCAGGCGUGCCAGGUGUGGGGAGCGGUAUGAGACCUACAUCUCCGCUGCUAAUCCACAUCGACAUGCUCUCAGCUCUACGAGACGGCAUCAGCUUCCAGCUUGCAUCGAAUGGGGCAGUGCUGACUGCCGGAGAGGAUAGCAAGGGCAUUCUGCCUCUCAAGUACGUUAGCAAAGUGGAAGAGCGUAAGAGUGGGAAAGUGAUAUGGAGGAGAGAAGACGGUAGGGGCGAUAACCUUGAGAAGGUGUAA